GACAACCCCCAAAACAACAGGACUGAAUCCCAUCAUGCUUUGCUGUGGUCGCCGACCCGAGCGCUACUGCUAGGCUAACUGUCGCUAGCUACCGGGAGCGGACAUGUUGUACCGAUCCUUCUUUGAGUAAACGUUGCUGUAAGCGGGGAAUCGGGAGCUACUGGGAAGGCGUGGGGAGUUGGGCAAUCAUGGAUGCCGUUAACGCCUUCAACCAGGAGUUAUUCUCACUGAUGGACUCCAAACCCCCGAUCUCUCGGGCAAAAAUGAUCUCCAUCACUAAAUCUGCCAUCAAAGCUAUGAAACUCUACAAACAUGUAGUUCAGAUUGUGGAGAAGUUUAUCAAAAAGUGUAAACCAGAGUAUAAGGUAGCAGGCCUGUAUGUGGUGGAUUCCAUUGUUAGGCAGUCCAGACACCAGUUUGGACCAGACAAGGAUGUUUUUGGCCCAAGGUUUACCAAAAACAUUACAGGGACUUUUGAGAACCUCUGCCUGUGCCCCAUAGAGGACAGGAGUAAGAUAGUGCGGGUGUUGAACCUGUGGCAGAAGAAUGGAGUGUUCAAGAUCGAGGUUAUUCAACCUCUCUUGGACGUGGCAGCUGGCUCUAGCAGUGCUGCCGCACCCUACACAGGCACAGACGAGCCAGAUUCUUCUCCACCUCCAGCCAAAGAGCCAGUUACAGCAGAAACGGCAAACUCCACUGGAGCAUCUGCUGCUCCGCUGCAAAACUCUGAUGCCUUUGCUGCUGUGGCACAGCUCUUCCAGUCCUCACAGGGUCAGCAGCUUCAACAGAUGCUCCAGAAUUUUCAGCAGCAACCAGUAAAGCCAGAAACCAACACUGAGCCUCCUCUCCAUACUGUCCAAACACAGGCCCAAGACAUCACCACUGGCCUGGGCGUGCUCACUCCACACACUCCACUAAAGCAGAACCAACCCACCCAGCAAAAAACAGCCUUUGACAAGAAGUUGCUGGACCGUUUUGACUAUGAUGAUGAUCCAGAAGUUGGAGAAGAAACAAAGAAGGAUGAAAUCUCAUCACAGCCCUCCUUUAUGCAGCAGCCACCGGCCUUCCCACAGCACACGGAGCACUUGAAACCGCCAGUGAUUAAUAUGUCGCAAGACCUCUCACAACAGGUUCCUCUCCCUCCUAAUGGCCAGCUCCAGGCCUGUGGUUUACCACCAGGACAAAGCUUCCCAGUUAUGCCUCCUAUGGGAAAUGCUCUUCCAGGGCAUCCCCUCCCUGGCUCUACUGGGCCUCCGGGCUUCCCAGGGGGAUACCCUGCCCACAACACAGCCCAGCAACAACAACAGGAUUUGUCAAUGGAUAUCGACAGUUCAUCUGUGAGGGAUGGCAGACAUGGUCAGAGGUCACACUCAGGCUCAAGGUCACCAAAGCGGAGAAGGUCACGGUCUAAUUCCCGUACACGACGUUCCAGGCACAGGCGAUCUCGUUCGCGCUCCAGAGACCGACGUCAUCAUUCCCCACGCUCUCGCUCGCAGGAGCGUAGGGAGCGAGAGAAAGAGAGAGAGCGAAGGCAAAAGGGCCUUCCGCCACCAAAGAGCGAGACACUGAGCAUUUGCAGUACAACACUGUGGGUGGGCCAGCUGGACAAGAGAACACAACAACAAGAUGUUGCUUGUGUGCUAGAGGAGUUUGGGCAGAUAGAAUCUAUUAAUAUGAUCCCUCCACGUGGCUGUGCCUAUAUUGUCAUGAUACAUAGGCAAGAUGCCUUCAGGGCUCUACAGAAGCUCAGUAGAGGAACUUACAAAGUUAACCAGAAAGCCAUUAAAAUUGCUUGGGCUUUGAACAAGGGCAUAAAACCUGAGUUUAAACAGUACUGGGAUGUGGAGCUGGGAGUCACCUACAUACCUUGGUCUAAAAUCAGAGAGGACCAGUUGGAGGAGCUAGAAGAAGGAGGAAUACUGGAUGUAGACACCUUAUCACCAGAGUGGAGUGGCAUGAGGAAGAAUCUUCUUGAACACCCAGAGGAACUCACCCACAAUGGCCGUUCAGAGCCACAACAGCCUGAAGAGGCACCAGUAUUACCUGUGGCAGCCUCAGUGGCUCCUCCUGCACAGGUCCCUCCAAUGCAGCAGCCAGUGGUUGGUGUGGGCUCUCUCCAGCCUCCUGUUUUUCCAGGUCCCAUAGGCAUGCCUCCACCUUCCUUUCCCCCAGGCGUCCCCCCACCUCCUUUCAUCAGACCUGGCUUCAAUCCCAUGCAGAUGCCUCCAGGCUUCCCUCCCCCAGGUGUCAUGCCUCUAGGUCACCCACCUCCUUCCAAAGGUGGACUUGAGGACCUGCCUCUGGACACCACAGGUCUGGGCCACAGGAAAAAUGAUGAGGUCCCUGAGGGUCCCAACAUCUUCAACAACCAGAUUGGACCUAUGGGUAACCAACUAGGUGUACCUCCAGGUGGUCCUCCAAGUUCUCUUCCAGGUGGACCUCCAGGUUGCCCUCCUGGUGGUCCUCCAAGUUCUCUUCCAGGAAACAUCCAACCCCCCUCUGGUGGUCUGCUUGGCGCAAGGCCUGGUAUGAUCCCACUCCAGCGUCCUCCCAUUCCCCCACCACCGCACAUGCAGCGUUUCCCUGCACCCCAUGGGCCAAGACAGCCUCACCCAGGCAUGCCUCCUAUGCCCCCACAAAUAAUGCCCAGGGCACCACACCCUCAAAUGAUGCACCAUGAGCCCCCUCCACCUAAAGGAGGCUUUGGGAUGCCUCCUCCCCAUAAUAUGAGGCCUCCUUUUCCGCCACAUGCGCAUGGCCCACCUCCUCAAGGUCCUCCUCCUCCUUUUAUCAGACCAGGUGGUCCUCGUGGCUUGGAUGGGCCAGAAGAAAUGGAUGGCAGAUCAUUCAGAGGAGACAGGCCUGGAUUCAGGGACCGAGAGCCAGAGAGAGACAGAGACUGGGAUCGAGACAGGGAUAGAGAGAGGGAGCGAGGUUUUGGAGGUGGAAGGCGUCCAUUUGGAGACGGAGGGAGGGGAGGAGGUGGUGAUAGAAUGGAUGGGAGGGACAGGCUUGGAGGCUGGCAGGAAGAUGGAGGCGAUCACCGAGGGGGAGGGUGGGAGAGAGACAGGGACAGAGAUCGGGACCGUGAUCGAGACAGAGACAGACGAGACUGGAGGGAGAAGCGAAGCAGCCUGGAUGGUGACAGGGAACGAGGGAGAGGUGAAGAUGUGGAGAGAGAGUAUGGGAAGGGGGAGGGAGGAGAAAGAGGAAGGGGAGAAGGAGGGAGUCGAGAAAGAGGGAGAGGAACAGCAGGAAAGGAAGGGGACAAGCCAAGGCGGUCAGAGCGGCGAGAGAGGACCACACGGUGGGACAGAGAUGAUCGAUUGGCUGAACUGGAAAACAUGGAGAGAUUUCGGACCUCUAACAACACAGGGCAACCCCGUGUGACUCCCACCCUUACCUUGGAAACCAGUAAAGAGCCAAAUGUGGAAGCUUAUAAGAAGGCAGAAUCAAAACUUAUAGCUCCGGUUCCACAGGUAACUACUGCUGCAGUAGAGCCAGUGCCCUCUGAGCCCUUACCUUUGGCUCAAGGUGAACCCACAGAAACAAAAAAAGAAACGUCAUCAUAGACUGGCUCACUGCUGCUUCAGCCAGAGACUGCAGUGAAACACUGAAAGAUAGAAGUAGGUGUUUUUCACUAUUAUACCUAGCCUGAGCUCCCCUGGCAGAUUAAUUUUAACUUGUCAGUUGGUCAUUGACUGUUUCUGGGCAGUAACAGAUUUCUGGAAAAGGACCAUAUCCCAUCCAUGGAAAAUGGUUGUUUUUAGAAUUUACAGAUUAUGGUCAACUUUGUCUUUAUGUAUGUGUUUUGAAACACAUGACUACAUGAAAA